AAAGCAACACGCAACACUGGUGCACGUGGGAAGAAGGCCACGCGCAACAAUCGUCGAAAUAGUCAGCCUGCUGUUGUACCAAUGCAGCCGGAAAACUCGUCACAGAGGACCUCGGAAGUAGAGGACGAUGCGAUCGAGGAGACUGCAAAUCUGUUCCACAUGAGAGAGGAUGGACGGAAAGAUCGUAACAAUGCUAAGAGCCGUCAGCAGAACAAUAAUGAUCGUAGAAUCGCACCGAAUAAUGCAAAGCCUGACAAGGGUAAGGGUCGCGCGAACAGAGUUCAAAUAGAAGUCGAAUCGAAGUUAGGGAGGGAGGCAAGUAUGAAUUUCCAGUGUGAGGACGAAGAUGAGAGCGAGGACGAGAGUCUAAAUGACCAUAAUAAACAACCCUCGGGAGGACCUCCAGCCUCAAAUGACGAGCGUGCUAUGUCGCCACCAAAGCCGUUUAGUCAGUAUGUAUUUGGAAUAGAUGAGGACACUAUCGGUGACGGUAGUAAUAUUCAUGAGCAUCGGUACCUCCCAUCUACGAUGGACGAGUGGAAUCAUUGGCACAGAAUUGCGGUACACAAGGGAAAUUCACAAAUCUUCCUUAAGCUUGGUACAUGGAUCCUUCUUCGAUACAGACAGCUCGCAAGGAUUCGAAUGGAUGCUGAUAUUGACGGUCUCCUAAUUCCCGAGGAUCAUGACAUUUUCGAGAUUGAAGAUCCUGAUCAUUUGAACGAGGCCCUAGGAAUGACUCGCCUCUAUGCUGCUCUCGCGCACAUUGAAAAUCAUCCGGAAUACCUGGCGCAUAUCUUCCAUGCGAUCGGAAAAGCGUCGUUUGAGGAGCGACUUGGAAGUAGUCACCCUGGCUUCAGGACCCUUCCAGAGCUACCUACACCUCUAAAAAGGGCUGGAAUUGUGUCGAAGAAGAUGCAGAAGGUGAUACUGACGAUGAUGAAGGAGUCACAGUCAAUAUCAGCAUCCACGUCAUACGGUCAGGAUCCUCACCAACACAAGAGGACGAGGUCGAACACACUGUCGCCGCGCAAGGAAGACGGCGGACGCGGGUUGUCGAAGCGACCAAAGGGUGAUUCAACACAGGGUUUUAUUCGUCCCUCACCUCCGAUUGAGACAUCCAUCGACACAGCUGUGAUGUCCAUUACAACGGACAUCGGGCCUGAACACAGCGAUAUCCAAGCAACCGGUACUGCUAGCAUCGUAUCAUCAAGGCGGUCUGCCUCUCCCGCCACACUCAACCGUGAGAUGGAUGUCAUUUCGCACUCAAUCCCACUUCCACAAGGAGUUCAGUCCCAGGAUGACAUCAGGGUGUGCAUAUCGGCUACCUCAGGUAUUCACGGCACAGAUGAUGCUAUCACACAUCCUGCGAGCAACUCUUGUGACCGUGAUACCGACAUCAUGGAUGGUGGUGGUAGCGACGGUUUAGGCCAGUCAGGCAUACCCGGUGGUCUUCAAUCAAAGGAUGAUGAAGCUGUGACUAUUCUCGUUCCGUCAACUCCAUAA